GAGAGUAUGAAGAAUGGCUAGAGUGCGAAAAAAAAAAGGAUGCUAGCAACGAACAAAGUGCUCCAUUUCCACUGUGAGCUGUUUAAUAUAGGGGAUAUAGUAUGCUUCAGCUAGGAGAGUUAACGCGCUUAUAAGCUUCACCACUGGGUAGGUCAGUCACACAGGCAAAGCACGAUUUACAGGGAGAAUGUGUGAUGGCGUUGCGCAAACGACCUCUUCGCCGGCGCUCGGUGUACGCUGUCGUCGUGGCCCUUUCGCUAUGUGGUCUCAUGGUUCUCCUGCAAAUUCUGUAUGUAGACGAGGAUCAAGCGGACGACGCUGCCCUGGAGCGCUUCUUGGCCGUCACAAGGACACCCGCAGAUAACAGGACGUUGAGCCAACUGCUGAAGGACUCUGUUCACGAUCGUUGGCAGCCUGUACGCCACACGACCGACAAGUUUUACGUGUUCUCAGCGUUUCUUGACCAACGUCGAACACAGGCAAUAGUGCGCGUCAUUGGCGCCGCACGGACCAGGCUGACGGACCGUGUUUCGUGUUCCUUCUACGUGCGGGGCACCCUGUCGGCUGCAGUCCGGGCCUCCAAUAAACUCAUUCGCGAGAACUGGAACCUCAGGUAUAGCGCAUUUUUCCUCUUGUGUCCUGUACCAGCAGGACCGUGGCCAGAUACUGUAGCGGUGGUGCGCAUCAACGACAGGAAUCUACCGGGCAAUAUGCUCCAGGUACACAAGCUGCAACCUAGCACUCCCAAGGAAGACAUAGCCGUAUGUGUGAAACCCAUUCAUUAUGACUAUGACAAACUGCUUCAAUUGGCCGAGUUCGUAGAAUUGAACCGAGUACUGGGCGUGUCGCACUUUAUUCUGUACAACCACACGGCAGGACCGCACGUAUCAUGCUUGCUACAGCGCUACCAGAGCCAGGGCAUCGUGACCCUCCUACCGUGGCAACUGCCCAUGGUUUCGCAGAGAGAAAUCCGUACCGAGGGCCUGUUCGCGGCGCUCAAUGACUGCCUUUAUCGAGGAAUGUCUCGCUUCCGUUGGCUUGCAAUGAUAGACUUGGAUGAAUUCAUUGUGCCCGCGGGCAACAUCUCGCUACCCGUCCUGCUUCGGAGACUCGGUGAGAGCGCAGGGGCAUUUUCCUUUCGAAACGGGUUCUUCUAUUUGCAGUGGGGGGACGACCCUGUGGCGGAUGUCCCUUUACUGACGAUGCGCAAGACGAGACGGAAAGCGCAACUACAUGCACAUCGACAACGGUCAAAGUGUGUAGUCUCCCCCGAGCGAGUGGUAGAGAUGGGAAACCAUUUUGUAUGGGAGUUUCUCACAGCGGACAAGGUAACCGUCAAUGUGGCGGCCGAACUGGCAUUUCUUCACCAUUACAGAGUGUGUGAGUUUGGCGGUGAUGACUGCAUCAAUACUACGUCGGUUGUGGACAGGAGCCUCUACUUCUGGAAAGACAAACUGGCCCCAGCUGUGGAACACUCGGUCAAAUCCUGCACUCAUCAAGACUCCUUUCAUCUAUGAUUCAAGAUCCUAUAAUCUUGGAAGUCAUGUGCGAAUGAAUGGGUGUACAGCUUGGGACGAAAGUUUACGGAACACUAGGUGUCAGUCGCCCGUUUCUUAUUCGACCCCUUCCUUAUAUAGCUAUAGCAGGUGCCUCUCCGCUGACGAUACACGCCAGUAACCUUUUGUCCCAAGCUGUACAACUAGGGGAACCAUGUGAAGCAACAGAGACGGGCGGACAACCGGUUUAUUGUAUCCGAGCCAGUUUUGUGCGAGUUGGAGAAUUAUUGAAAGGAGCAACUGGAACAUGAGGUGCUCUCUCAUUGACUCGCCCAAAUAUUUGUCUCAAUUCCUCGUGCAGUGAAUGUCUGAUUUUCUAUGAAUUUUUCGAGCAUUUCGCUUACCCGAUGUUUCAUCGCCGGUCAUUCGUGUGUCGUUCAG